CGCCCGCAUUCCCCGCGCGUAGCCGAAGCUGAGCCCAGCGGCGCCGCCGUCAGAAGAGCGGGGCGGCGGGCGGCGGUGUGAGCCCUCCUGGGCAAGUGGGACAGGGUGCAGGGGAGCCCUGGCUUUGUUCCUGGGGCUGGUUUCUCGACUCCGUUCGCCACCCUGGCAGAAAACGUCCAUAACCGCCCCAGCGCCUUUAUCUACAAAGCGCAGAGAAUCGGAAGGCGAACAGGGUCGAGCGCUCUGGGGAGGCAGGAGGAUCCCGCACGCUCAAAGGCUGACGCGCGGCUCCCCCAUCAGGCCGCCUCCAGCCCCAUGAAGACCCCCAGGCCGGGGCUGAGAACCUUGAGCAGCCCGGAUCAAAAUCUUGCGGCGGCCUUAGAGCGUUAGACAGAAUGCGGGUGGGCCGCAGGGCCCUCUGUGUGCUGGUUCUGCUGCUCGCCUGCGCCUCGCUGGGGCUCCUCUACGCAAGGACCCGGGACGCGCCGCACCUCCGGGUACCUCUUAAUCUUUGGGCGCCCGCGCAGGGCCCCCCCAGGCCAGAGUUGCCUGACCUCGCCCCCGAGCCCCGCUAUGCCCACAUCCGGGUCAGGAUCAAGGAGCAAGUGGUGGGGCUGCUGUCUGGGAACAACUGCAGUUGUGAGUCCAGUGCGGGGGGUCUUCGCCUCCCCUUCCAGAGGCAGGUCCAAGCCAUUGACUUCACCAAGGCCUUUGACCCUGAGGAGCUGAAGGCUGCCUCUGCCACGAGGGAGCAGGAGUUCCAGGCCUUCCUUUCAAGGAGCCAGUCUGCUGCCGACCAGCUGCUCAUCGCUCCUGCCAACUGCCCCCUACAGUACCCCGUGCAGGGUGUGGAGGUACAGCCCCUCAGGAGCAUCUUGGUGCCAGGGCUGAGUCUGCAGGCUGCUUCUGGUCAGGAGAUAUACCAGGUGAACCUGACUGCCUCCUUGGGCACCUGGGACGUGGCAGGGGAAGUGACUGGAGUGACCCUCACAGGAGAGGGGCAACAAAAUCUCACCCUCGCCAGCCCAGGGCUGGACCAACUCAAUCGGCAGCUGCAGCUGGUUACUUAUAGCAGCCAAAGCUACCAGGCAAACACAGCAGACACAGUCCGGUUCUCCACCGAGGGACAUGAAGCGGCCUUCACCAUCCGUAUAAGGCACCCCCCCAACCCUCGGCUGUACCCGCCUGGGUCUCUACCUCAGGGAGGUGAGGCUGGUGCACGCAGGGACAUGGAUGGAGCCCCGGUGGGGAGCAAGUUGGGAGAAGCCUGCAUGGGAGAGAUGCCUUUUUGCUCCUCACUAUCCACUCUCCUUGUCUGCGCCCAACUCUGCCCCUCACUCCCAGCCCAGUACAACAUUAGCGCUCUGGUCACCAUUGCCACUAAGACCUUCCUUCGUUACAAUCGGCUGCGGGCACUCAUCGCCAGCAUCCGCCGCUUCUACCCGACGGUCACUGUGGUCAUCGCCGACGACAGCGACAAGCCAGAGAUCAUUAACGGUCCCCACAUCGAGCACUAUCUCAUGCCUUUUGGCAAGGGCUGGUUCGCAGGCCGGAACCUGGCUGUGUCCCAAGUGACCACCAAGUACGUGCUGUGGGUGGACGACGACUUCAUAUUCACUGCGCGGACGCGGCUGGAGAGGCUUGUAGACGUCCUGGAGCGGACGCCGCUGGACCUAGUGGGGGGCGCCGUGCGCGAGAUCUCCGGCUUCGCCACCACCUACCGGCAGCUACUGACCGUGGAGCCCGGCGCGCCAGGCCGCGGGAACUGCCUCCGGCAAAGGCGCGGCUUCCACCACAAGCUCCUAGGCUUCCCAGGCUGUGUGGUCACUGACGGCGUGGUCAACUUCUUCCUCGCACGCACAGACAAAGUGCGCGAGGUCGGCUUCGACCCUCGCCUCAGCCGUGUGGCGCACCUGGAAUUCUUCCUGGAUGGACUUGGCUCCCUCCGGGUGGGCUCCUGCUCAGAUGUCAUUGUGGAUCAUGCAUCCAAGUUGAAGCUGCCCUGGACAGCAAAGGAUGCUGGGACAGAGACUUACGCCCGGUACCGUUACCCGGGAUCACUGGACGAAAGUCAGGUGGCCAAACACCGCCUGCUUUUCUUCAAACACCGGCUGCAGUGCAUGACGACGGAGUGAUGGCCACUCAGGGCCUUCCAACUGUCCGGCCCAGCCUGCCUCCUUGUCCCUGACAGGAAUUUCUAGCAAACCCCACCACCCAGUGACCACUCCACUGACUGUCCCUGAUUCCCUUCUGGAGCUGAUCCCAAAUAGGGGCUUGUCUUGGUGACACUCCUCCUUUCUGUGAGUGCCCAGGGGCAUGAUGGAGCCAUAACUCAUCCCACAGCCAGUGCCAAGUCCUCCCCCCACCCCUUCUCAGGGAGGUUGGGGGUCACUUUCCAAGUGCCAAAGAGCCCAAAGGACUCUAAGAACCUAAAGUGGAAACGCUCAUCUCCUGGGGAUUGAGUUGGGGGGAAGCCCCCAACACGUACUCCCAGGGCUGUGCCCCUCCCCCAUCUCUGGAUCCAGGACUGUGAACCGGCUGCAGCCCCACCCCCAUGGAGAAAACGAAUGGCUGGAGCUGUGGUGAGGGCUAGUGAACACACAGGUGAAAACCA